GGAGAUUAGUCCUCUGGGUUGUUUUUUAAGCUAGGCGGUAGUUUCUCUCUCUCUCUUUAUUUUAUUCCAAAAUCUCUGCUUCAUCCAACAUGUGAACGUAAUAACUUCACAUACAUUAAUCUUACAGAAUGUUUCACACAAUGCCUGAUACUUCAUCAUGUCUUCGAACCCCCCACCUAUUAUUGCACAAGAACCCACUAAAGGAUCUGGUGGCCCGCCGGACGGAGCCGAAACUCCGCUUGAACUUCGCAGCGCUGACAUGCUGCCCAAAGUCGAGACGGAAUCCCUGGGACUCGCUCGAUCGCAUGGGGAACAGGGGCUCAUGCCAGGAAACAUGCAAGCCCCCCAGUUUAAAAUGAUGGACUACUCCUAUGACGAGGACCUGGACGAGAUGUGUCCUGUUUGCGGGGACAAGGUGUCCGGGUAUCACUACGGCCUGCUGACGUGUGAGAGCUGCAAGGGCUUCUUCAAGCGAACAGUUCAGAACAAUAAGAGGUACACGUGCAUAGAGAACCAGAGCUGUCAGAUCGACAAGACGCAGAGGAAACGCUGCCCUUACUGCCGCUUCCAGAAGUGCCUCAGUGUGGGCAUGAAGCUGGAAGCCGUGAGGGCAGACCGCAUGCGAGGGGGACGCAACAAGUUCGGCCCGAUGUACAAGCGAGACCGGGCCCUGAAGCAGCAGAAGAAGGCGCUGAUUCGGGCAAAUGGGCUGAAAAUCGAAGCCAUGACUCAGGUGAUGCAGACUGUACCAACGGACCUGACCAUAUCUUCGGCCAUCCAGAACAUCCACUCUGCCUCCAAGGGUCUACCUCUGAGCCAUGCUGCCUUGCCCCCCACAGACUAUGACCGCAGCCCCUUUGUCACCUCCCCCAUCAGCAUGGCCAUGCCUCCCCACGGCAGCCUUCAGGGCUACCAGGCUUACAGCCACUUCCAGAGCCGCACCAUCAAGUCCGAGUACCCUGACCCGUACACCAGCUCCCCUGAGUCCCUCAUGGGCUACCCCUACAUGGACACCUACCAGAGUAGCUCCCCGCCCAGCUUUCCCCACCUUAUCAUGGAGCUCCUGAAGUGUGAACCAGAUGAGCCCCAGGUUCAGGCCAAGAUUUUGACCUACCUGCAGCAGGAGCAGGCCAGCCGUGGCAAGCACGAGAAACUCAACACCUUUGGGCUCAUGUGUAAGAUGGCAGAUCAGACCCUGUUUUCCAUCGUCGAGUGGGCGAGGAGCAGCAUCUUCUUCAGAGAGCUUAAGGUUGACGACCAAAUGAAGCUGCUGCAGAACUGCUGGAGCGAGCUCUUAAUCCUCGACCACAUUUUCCGACAAGUGGUACACGCCAAAGAUGGCUCCAUCCUCCUGGUUACCGGUCAACAAGUGGACUACGCUGUGAUUGCCUCCCAGGCUGGAGCCACGCUGAACAGCCUCAUGAGUCACGCUCAGGACCUGGUGGGGAAGCUUCGCUCGCUACAGUUUGACCAGAGGGAGUUUGUCUGCCUCAAGUUCCUGGUCCUCUUUAGCCUGGAUGUGAAGAACCUGGAGAAUUUCCACCUGGUGGAGAGCGUCCAGGAGCAGGUGAACACAGCGCUGCUGGACUACACCAUGUGCAACUACCCACAGCAAACGGACAAGUUCGGCCAGCUGCUGCUGCGACUGCCCGAGAUGCGGGCCAUCAGCAUGCAGGCGGAGGAGUACCUCUACUACAAGCACCUGAAUGGGGACGUUCCCUGCAACAACCUGCUCAUCGAGAUGCUACACGCCAAGCGUGCCUGAACGCUGGACUUGCCGCCCCCUCUUGCCCAGUCACCUGGCCCGGGCUCCAGUAUCAGCCUUUGGCCUCGACUGCCCUUUCCAACCACAGCCCAACACACGUCACGUCACCCCCUGCAGGAAACUUGGCCGCAGGCCUGGACUCUUUACUGAGAUGUUGCAGACGUUGGCUUCUGGAUUGAUGGCAGAGACAAGAAAACGAUUGCUAACUUGAAACUUACUUGGAACUUGCCCCCCCCCCCCGUCCCCCGAAAAAAGUGAUGUGACGGGAUGGGUGGGUAUACAAACAGAGGCAAGUGCGCACUUAGCAAGGAUAUAUAUUGCAAGGUAAGAGACCUUCCACUUCUAGCUAACACACUGAAAAUAGCAGCUGGACUUAUGACAUAGGCUUCCUAUUGAUUAGACCAUGAUUCCCAGCACUGGUACGUAAAGAAUCCAGAACAGUCUCCAGAGGAUGGAGCACAUAAGAGGAGGUUCCAUCUCGCCACCUCGUCUUAAAGGCGUAAGAGCACAAUGAAACACCUGAGACCCAGAGGAACACCAUGACUGGCUACGUCAAGCGGAUACGAUGUCAUACCUCUAUUUACACCCCAAGAAAAACUUCUCAUCAAACAAGCAACAAAAACUAAAUUAAUCUGUUUUUAAAAGGGCAGUGACUCCUCCUCUUCAUCUUUCCAUUAUUGUCCGACGAAUCUCAUGUGAAAACUAUGUACGUGAGUUUAUUUCUCAUCUUUGGUUGCUGUCGGUAGAUUAACAUUCUGGGUGUGGUCAUGUGACCUACUCAAGAAAGGGAAAAUGUUUCGAACUAGCAUAAGCACAAUGUAGUUGUUUCCCCGGAGAUAUGUCCAGUAAUAAACUCAUGAAAUUGAAGAGUUAAAUCCCAUAGCAUAAAACAGAGCACAAAUCUCUGCCUCUGUCAAUACCAGACCAAAGCCUUCAUCAGAACAGUGUGGUGCACAGAGAUAUACGUAUUAUCAGUAUUAUAAAUUUGUGAUGUCACAGUUAUGUGAGUCUUGCCUUAUUUCAUUACCUUGCUAGCUAACUGUGCAGAUGUGAAUUAAAAUAUGUAAAAAAGUAUAUAUAUAUAAAGUGUUAAUGUUGUAAAUGAAAAAAUACAAGAGGUGUUUACAUUUAUUAGGUCCUGUGGGAGAGAACUGUGAUGAAUUGCAAAGCAAUGAUUUCCUAAAAAAAAAUUCCUCUGUUUGCUUUAUUUAGUCUGUACAGUUUUGUUUGUUCAUUUUUGCUUUUUACCAGUGCUUAAUUAUGUCGUGAGACAUUAAAAUCAAGAAGGGAAUCUCACUUUUAUUUGAAUUCUAAGCUUUUUCUCUUAGCCAACAGUUCAGUUGUGUGUAGGUUUUUAUUUGGGUUUCUGCCACUUAUAAUUGUAGAUUUACUUGUUGUAUAUUCUACUGUAUAUCACUGUUUCAGAUAAAGACGAAAUAAUUUAUUGCUUCUUGCUUUUAACUUCUCACACGCCGUAAGCAAGGAGUCGUGUCAUAAUCGGAUAUAUUGGUUUACUGUAGCAUGUUCAGAAAUAUUGUUGAAAUGCAGUUCAGGGAGACAAUAAUGAUCUUAAGAAUGCUGACAGUUAUUUUGAUUAAAUGUUUAUGGAAAUUAAA